AUGCCUCCGGGUGCCCUUUCUUUGGAUGAUGUUGACCUGGAUCAAGUCAGUAUUGAUUUUGUCCUUAAUUGUGUCAAGAAAGGUUGUUCUUUAUUUCUCACUUUUCCUUGUUGAUGGCUUUCUUGAUGUCUGGCAAAGAGACUGCUAAAAACUCGUCUCUAAUGUAGGUGAAAUGCUUGAUCUCUCAGAAGCUAUUAGAGUUCAAUAUGACAGCUUCGACUAUCCUUCAAUGGUAAGGGUGAGCAUAUGGCAUAAUUAUGAGGAAAGAACAUCACAAAGCCAAAGAAACGAAUAAAAAAUGAACUGUUCGAUAUAAUGAUACAGUGUUCUACAUAAAAAGUUUUGAUACAAUUUAACAAGAUGAUUCAAAGUCAAAAAGAAAUCGAAAUAGACGCCACUCUCUGAUCGGGACACUGAACACAAAUUUUUCCUGAGUAUUUUUCUCUAUCAUUCUAAAUAUAUGGCGUCCUGUUACAUCUUGGUUCCUCACGGGAGGAUUCUUUAAAUGUUUAAUAGUUUUUUAUUCCUAUAUGUUAUAGUCUUGCAUGUUGAUUUGAUGCCCAUUAUUUUUUCGGAGUUAUUUGUGUAAAAUAAAUCUUUGUUUCCUUGUCAGGAUACCGUGGGUCCUGUCCAGGAUUUCUUUUUAACUACUACUCCAGAAUCAUCGGGUCAUGCACCAUCGCGAGCACCUCCUCCUUUGCCAUCUGGACCAAGACCAAGUCUGACAAGCUUAUCACCUUCACCAAUGACGAGAAGUUUAUCAUCUUUACCAGUUGAGACAAAAUUAUCGCCUCCAAAUGGAACAAAUCUGUCAAAAUCACAGUCCAUUCAUUCUGCAAAUCAUCAAGAGUUGACUGUUGAUGAUAUUGAGGAUUUUGAAGAUGACGAAGUGGAAGAGGAAGUCAAUAGCCUUCUGAUGCCCAGAUGGAACCGGAAUGAUGCCACCGAUCUGUCAUUAGGAUUCCCUUCCUUUGCAACAGGUUAACCUAUUGUCCUCUUUCAUUGAAUAUUUAUGAACGUUGGAUCCUUCAGGAAGUAGAAAGAUGCUCUAAUUCUGAUUCAGAGAAAAAGAGGCAAACAUCUAGAACAAAGUUUCUUUUAUCUCUCCUUUUGCGUUAAUGAAGGCUUGCUUCUAUGAUAUGAUUUGUAGAAAUUGUCAUCAGCUCGUUUAAGCAGUGCUCUAAUAAUUAUGGUACCAUGUAAUUUUCGUAUCUCUUUUGUUUUCAGGUAUGUCUGACGAUGAUCUCCGUGAAACAGCAUAUGAAAUCCUGGUGGCUUCUGCUGGGGCAGCAGGGUAUAAAUCUUAAUCUUUACAUGAUUUUUGUUUUGAUAGAAAGUUUUGUAAUAAGUUAUUUCAGACUCAUCGGUUCCCGAAAAUAAAUUUUUAUUGUUGGCCUAUGGCUGUCAGAAAAAUCUCGAUUUGUUUAUUUAUUUGUUUAUUCUAUUAGGGGCCUCAUAGUUCCAUCCAAAGAAAAGAAGAAAGAGAAAAAAUCUCGAUUGCUGAGGAAGCUUGCUCGAAGCAGGAGUGACAAUAUUGUUGAACAGCGUGCUCCAGGUUUGGUUGGCUUGUUGGAGACUAUGCGGAUUCAAUUGGAGGUCUCUCCUUUUGCUCAUCUGUGUUAUUUUUUCUUUAAAUGUAUUUUAUGCGAUCCUUUUGUUUUAUUCCUUUUAAAACAAUGGUUUCCCUAUGAAUUCUGUGUCUAGAAAGUCUGGCAAUCUUGCUACAUGCUGGGGAUCAGAAUCUUGUGAAUUUAUCCAGAUCUUUUGAGCUGGCCUAAGAUUGAUCUUAUUGGAAAACCUGGUUUAUAGUUUGCAUACACCAUAGCUUAUAUGAGUAUAGUCUCCACUUUUGACCUUGGAUCCUUAAUGUUGUUGCUUUCUAAUCAAUUGGCCACCUCAUUUAAUCCUUUGACAACCUGUGGCUUGUAGAAGGUCAUUCUACUGCAGGUGUGGUGCACAAUUUGUGGACUUGGUGCCUGGUGGUACCCGGUGUCACAACCAUUUCCCUUUGAUGUUGGCAGUUGAUGUUGCUGGUAUCGGGGGUAGGGAUAUGCCCUUGUAGAACCUUUACCUAUUUGAGAAGAAAGUUUUCUGGAGUAAAAAAUAAGAGACGAAAGUGGGUUUCAUAGGUUGUUGCGGGGUUGAGAAUUCAAUGUAGUAUUCGGGAUCUUAUUUGCACCUCUACUUGCGAAGGUGGUCUGUUAUUGGCUUUGAAACGCAUUCUUGGUUUGUGUCUUGAAGUAUAUGUUGAAUGUGUUUGAGAGAACUGCACACUUGCGUCCUGAGAUAUUAAAUUUCAGGCUAAGAUGUUCGCUACUAUGUUUCAUUUGUCAUUAGCUGUGUGCGGUCACACUGAGUUUUGUUGCUCAAACCGAAUGGGCACCCUGUAGAUCUACCGCAUCCUUGUUUUGGUAGAUUCACCAUAAUAGACAGAAGCAGGUUGUUCGAGAUGCAUUGGGGAAGUCUUUGAUGCAUUUUUACACUUCGGUUCACACUUUAAAAAAGGCAAACGUGAAAAAUGUUUAAAAUAGUGACCUUUACUGUAAAACCCUCUACAUCCAAUCUACCUCCUUUGCGGAUUCUGGGCUUUUCAUAUUCACAGUAGAAGGAUAAAAUAAGUAAAGCGGGAGUGGGCAAUGAGGGCUGCUGGUGACAGAGGCAGUAGUAUACGACAUGGAAAAUUGAGGUUCCAAAGAAGAAGUGGAAGACGAGGUAAGAUGGAGAAGGACGCAGUGGUGGCUCCAUUUGGGGAAAAAACGGAGGGGAAUAAGCCAUUUUGGUAUAUAUUAGAAAUUAAAUCAUUAUUAAAGGAAUAUCAGGUUAAAAAUCUAUUUAACUAUAAUGCUUUGAUGCAGAUGGAGAAUCAGGGAUUCUCUUGUCAUCCUUUAUCGAAGCUUUCUUGUUGUAAGAUGUAUUGUAAUUUUUUAUUGAAAAUAUUUGUCCAGGUCAUUUUGUACAUUCCUGUAAUAAGUAGGUGAUCACAAUUUUAUCGAUUGACAAAAUGUUUUUUAGAGGGGAAAUUGGUAUAUCUGAAACGCACAGACCAAUGAGUUCAUUUUUGCUAUUGUAGUCCUUAAGUGUUUUCGAUCGUUUAGUAAACUUGUGCUCUCCUUAUAUAGUUUUUCGAAAUAAACAUUCAUUUGAUUCUAAUGUUUAACAGAUCUCAGAAGCGAUGGAUAUAAGAACCAGGCAGGGUUUGCUUAAUGCUCUUGUAGGUAAAGUGGGGAAAAGAAUGGACACACUAUUGGUUCCUCUUGAACUUCUGUGUUGUGUUUCACGAACCGAAUUUUCUGACAAGAAGGCUUUUCUUCGAUGGCAAAAGAGGCAGGUAAUGCCAUGAGUCCAGUAGUUUACAACAUCCUUCUUUGACAGAUUAUGGAUAACUUUGACAGAUUAUUUUUUGUUUACAACAUCCAUCUUUGACUCAGCUCAACAUGCUAGAGGAGGGUCUCAUAAAUCAUCCUGUUGUUGGAUUUGGAGAGUCUGGACGCAAGGCAAAUGAUCUCAGGAUACUUCUGAGAAAGAUUGAGGAAUCUGAGGUGCAACUCUGUGCAUUAUAUCUGCAUGAUUAUGUUCUUUUUUCCCAUUAUUCCUUGUCUGGGUGGUUUAGAAGAUUUUUUCUUUAAUUCAGCAAAUCAGAAUGUAGAUGUGCUGGAUCAUUUGCUUUGCGUCAUAACCACAUGAUUCCUUCCAUUUUUCGUAUUUUCUUUUUUGUGUAGAGGGUUGAGAAGGUUAUUUAUCUUGUUUAGCGAAAGUAGAAGCAAGAGCGGGGAGAUUAUUUCCUUUUAUGUUUAUUACAAGGAAGUUUGUACUCUAUUCUGGCACGAGAAAAUGCUCUGUUAAACCUGGUGAUUCUGGUGCAUUCUGCAUGACUAACAGUGUCUUCUCUUUUGCUAGUCUCUUCCGUCAGGUGGUGAAAUCCAACGCACAGAAUGUAUAAGAUCUCUGAGAGAUAUCACUACUGCACUUGUGGAAAGGCCAGCACGUGGCGAUUUAACCGGGGAUGUGUGCCACUGGGCUGAUGGCUAUCAUCUUAAUGUUCUGAUAUAUGAAAAAAUGCUUCUUAGUGUUUUUGACAUCUUGGAUGAAGGAAAGCUUACAGAGGUUAGAAGUAAUAUUUCCCAUUUUUCAGGUGUUUCUCUGCAUUUGGCUCCUAGUGAUUGGGUUUGAUUUUUCACGACACUUGUUAUCCAGGAGGUCGAAGAAAUCCUUGAACUUCUGAAAUCAACAUGGCGUAUAUUAGGUAUCACUGAGACCAUUCAUGACACGUGCUAUUCCUGGGUGUUAUUUCGGCAGGUACAAGUUUUUAAUGUUUAACCAUUAAAAUGAGAGUUUAAUCGGAGAAGAAAAUGUAUGUUAUUAUGAUUAGGAAUAUCUAACAAAGAUCUUUGAAUAUACGGCCGCUGCUUCACAGAUGAACUUUCCCACUGGGAACAUUGCGAGUAUACUCUUUAUGAUUAUAUUGAUUCUUCUAACAAAGAAAUGUUGCAUGGUCUGGUUAACAUUUAUGUUAAAUUUGAAUUCGAUAAUUAAUUGUAUGGGAUGAAUAAUUCAUUUGGCCUAUCAUGAAAAAGGUAUUCGAUAAGUAUUCAGCGUGCAAAAUGAUUAUUCCAAGGAUCAUAAAAAAUAUAUUAAUACACCUGGAAACAAGCGUUCGUAAUUGAUGGAAGAAGUUCUUAAGAAACAUAACUGAAACAUCUCGCUGUUGGAUGAAGAUGAGUAUGCAGUAAAAAUUAAGUGAUGUCCGACAUGUUUGUGUUGUGUUCUUCGUAUUAUCCGAAUUGAAUGUGAUAUUUGGAUGGCUUCAUAAUCAAAGUUUCUUGCACACAAACAGUUUGUUAUUACCGGUGAACAAAGAAUGCUGCAAGUAGCCAUUCAGCAACUGAGGAGAAUUCCAGCAAAAGAACAACGUGGGCCACAAGAGAGACUUCACUUGAAAAGCCUUCGAUCGAAAAUUAAAACUGAUGAAGGCACUCGGGAUUUCACAUUUUUGCAGUCUUUCCUACUCCCAAUCCAGAAGUGGACUGAUAAGAAGCUCGGAGAUUACCAUCUUCAUUUUCCUGAGGUUUGUCCUACUCUUUUAGGAUUCUGUUUAUGAAUCUCUCGUCCUAACCUGGGCCCCAAUGGCUGAGGAUUUGUUUCCAGUGUCAUGAAGAUAAAAAAAAUCCCUGUUUCCUCGUGAAGAUCUCAAAUGUUUCUUAUUUUUGUAAACUAUCUUCUCGUAAUCAGCUGCUGAGCUAUUCAUGCUUGGGCACAAUGCACUCUUGUUUCUUUGACAGUCCCGCCUAGUAUUCAUUUAAAUAAAAUACUUUCCUAUCUCAAUUGUUUUGCAUUUUUGGGACCUUGCGAUCCCGUAGGGAUAUUCUUGUGUAUUGUUCUACUUUCUUGGUUGACAUACUUGUGAUGUGUGUUUUUUUGUGUUAGGGGACAACUCUUAUGCCGGAGAUACUCACUGCUGCUGUAAUUGUUCGGAGGCUCGUGGUAGAAGAAUCUGAACAAGUAUGUACAUCUUCUUACGGUGUCCAAUCUUGAACAGUGAAUAGAUUCAUUUGAAGCCUUGCAAAUUACGAUACUAGGAAAACAUAAGAGUUCUCCUUUUAUGUUUAAAAUUGGAAUCUUUAGUCAUUAUGACAUGGAAUAAAGUUUACUGGAUAGGGGGCUUUGUUUUUUUCUCCAUUUAUUCAUUUUCUGGUUAUUGCAACAACCUAAGAAAACCCUAUAAUGUUAUAAAGCAGAUGACGCAAUCAUCAUCUCUCCUGGAGCGAGAACAAAUGGAGGGCUAUAUCACAACUUCUAUGAAAAGUGCAUUUACAAGGGUGAGUGAUUCGAUUUGAAUACCUACUCAUCAACAGUUGCUUUCCAAAUCAAUAAGGAACCAAGAUUUGAAUAUCUGCUAUUUGAAUUUGAUAGAAAUAUUACAUCAAAAAUCUUAGAUGGUAUUCUAGUAGGUUGAAUUUGACUUAGAUGUGGCUCUACGCAGAGAGUUAAAUGUCGCAUAUGUACUGUUCAUGCUGACUACCUUUCCUUGUCCUGAUGGUAGCUUCAUCGUUGAGGAAUUGAGAGUGACUAGGAGAUACCGUGAAUUAUUAGGUUUCAGAACUUUGCACGUUUAUUGGUCUUUUGGUCCGCAGUUUUUCUCUAUAUUGUUGGCUGUUCUCAAAAUUAAAAGGUUCCAAUCUGCCAUCUUUUCAAAAGAUCUGGCUGUAUUUAGGCGAUUAGUUCGUGCUUGAGAGUAAUGAUGUACUAUCUACCAUAUGGAUGUAAUCUACCUUACCAGAAAAAAAAAUCCUUUCCUUUUUUGCAGAUGUGUGAUUGCCUUCACAAAUCCCAAUUUAUAAACCCUGAGAUUUAACCGUUGCACCUCUAUUUUUUCGGGGAAGUGAUAUAUAUACUAGGCCCAAAAGACAGGCUUUGCCGGUUGGUUUUUAAUGAAUUAUUUUUUCAGUAAGCUUUUGUGUGCACCACCGUAAAAGAAGUCCGUGAUUUCCUUGGCUAAGUAUUGAAUGUUCAAACUUUUUUCUCAUAUGUUUUGUUAAUUGCUGAAUCAUUGAAAUUUUGGUCAUUUUCUAAUCCCUCUACUGUAACUCUCCCCUGGUGAAAGUGCCAUUUUAUUUUCCAUUGUUUACAUAGACGGAUAUAUAGCCUAUCUGUUAGAAGUAUGGCCAAAUAAUUGUGUCGGUGGUCGAUAAUCUUCAGUUAUCCUUUCGGUCAGCCUUAGUACAGUGCUUUGUUUGUCAUGUGCAGGUUUCAAAUGCUGUUGAAACUAGGGCAGAGACAGCACAGGAACAUGUAUUAGCAUGCCUUGCAGAAGACUCUGUAAAACUAUUGAAAAGAGAUGCAACCAUGUUCUUGCCAAUAUUGUCAGAGAGGCAUCCACAAGCACCAGUUGCUUCUGCGUCUAUUAUUCAUAAAUUAUAUGGAAACAAGUUGGUGAGUUAAUCCGAAUAAUUGGCAGAUGAUCCGUAGAAAAUUCCUUUUGGCUUACUAGUUCAAUAUCAGAGGUCUCACACGUACAUGUUGUGCCAGAGACCGUUUCUUGAUCGCGUUGAACAUCUUACUGAAGAUGUUGUAUCUGUACUGCCAGCAGCUGCCACUCUUGAGCAAUAUAUAAUGUCCCUAAUUUCUUCUGCUUGUGAAGAAGAGCUCGUAGAAGAUUACUGCAUGGAAAAACUAUCUCCAUACCAGGUGCAAGUUUUGUUUCACUUUUCUUGACAACUCCUUCUCCCGGAAGAUGCUCUUUUUUAUAUUCAAAUUGGAUGCAAAAGAAAUCAGAUUUUAGAUUCUGCUGAGAUUUACGUCAUGUUGGUUUUUCGUAUUUUCGAACAUUUCAUGGUCGGUGCGUUUUGGGGCUUUGUUUUCCCAAACCUAUGCACGCUUGGAUUAUGUGCUUACUGGUGUUACACUCUUGGUCCUGAGAUUUAGAAAAAUGAUGUUAUACGAAAACCAGGGGGUCGUUUGUGUAUGAAUGUGAUUUUGUGAAUUCUUUUAUUUCUCUGGUUGCAUGAUGCCAUUACCAGGUUUACAAAAUUCGUAGUUCACAGAAGAAUGAAAGAACCGACCUUUGCAUUUUAUCUCGUUUACUAAGACAUCUUGAAAAGAUACAGGCCAUCACGAGCUAUAAUCCUUCAUAGCUGAAGCCCCACCCCCGCCAAGUGGUUAGGGAUUGUUGUUGCCUUCUGCCUCAUGUCAUGUAGGACUAAAGCCAGCAAUACUAUUGUGACAUAUCGUCACUUUUUAUUAUUUUAUCCAGACAAUCUAGAUUUUCCAAUUUCCUUGGUGGCUUCCCUCGCUGUGCAGUGUGGCAUUCACAUUUUUUGUUUGUCAAGGACCUCUUGUCACCAACAUAACUGCAUUUUCUAUAUUUACUACAUAUUCUCCUUUAUUGGUAAUUUGCAUAUUUCUCACCAUAGAAGGACCAGUUGGUAGCGAUCCAGGGGCCAAUUUUUGACAGAAAGUCGGUCAUUUCCAAUGUGACUAAAAGUGAAUCUAAUCUUGGCAUUGAAAUUUAAAAUGAGGGAAAAAUAAAUAGAGUCCGCCAUAAGUUGGGUGGUCUGACUCGGAUUUGUUGAUUUCUUAUUGGAUUAAGUAUUUCACCCAUUUCCACUGGAAGAACAGCCAAGACUCACAACCUACACUGCCGCUAGAGUGUGUGGGAAGAAUGGGGACGUAGGAAAAUUUUUCCCCUGCAACUGGUUCCUGCUUGCCAUCAACUACCGCUGGUGGCUGUUUCACUUUUUUAUGUACCUCAUCCUUGUAUAGCUCUUUUUAGGAUAAUUAUUCUCUAUUAUGGCGUUACUGAUGAUUCUGAUUUUCCUAUGGGUUGUGUACUUGUUCAUUGACAAAUGGUCCGCAUAAUGCUUGAGUUUGUGUUCUUUCAUUUGUUUUGUUAUAAUUGAAUAUUUUCAAUCGUUAUUUUUGGCGUUUUCGAAUUGUUUAUCUUUCUGCCUGACCGGUAUAGUUUUAUGGUAAACGUAUGGACUAAUAGUCCGUGACUAGACAUCAUCUCUUCUGAUCCUAGGUUGAAAGCAUAUCGGGGACACUAGUAAUGCGCUGGGUGAAUGCACAGUUAGGAAGAAUUUCCAGUUGGGUUCAAAGGGCCAUUCAACAGGAGGUAAUGUUUCCCCUAAUGUAUAUAUACAUACUUUGUAAUAUUUGUUUCUCAGUUCACAUAAUGUUUUUGACCUGUUUUAAAUACUUAAGGGUGGCUUUUGUUGAAUGAUAGAGUUAUGGAGGCCUGUAUAAGCUUCUGUAUGGGAACCAUCUAUGAAAAUGUUGCCCCGAUUGCUAAUCAAUCUUCAUGCCGUCUUACCUUCAUUUUUCUUGGAAACCUGAUGCCAGUCCCAUUCUUCAAACCUUUGGCUCAUCCUUACCCUGAUGGAUUGAUGUUGAGGUAGUUGUUCUUUCUCUUUCUAGUAUAGUGGUCUACCCACUUCAUUGGUUCCUAGAACUAUCUUAAUCAUUGGGAAAAUUUAGAUGUCAGUUGACGCUGGAUUUCUAUUCUGAUGCUCAUGUACCUGGCAUAGCUAAAGCCUGUUAGGUGGGUUUUAAACACCAUUUUUUUGUCAAGGUAGUAUGGCCUUUUGUUUGUUUUUUAUGAGUUGUAUAUUAUUGUGAAAGCUUGUAACAACUGCAAAUGAAUAUACACUUCGCAGGAAUUUUGUAUUCAAAAUCCUGUCUUCGUAUUUCUUUGUUAUACUAAUUUUUCUUCUUAUAAAAUCUUCAGCGCUGGGAACCUAUAUCACCUCAACAACGUCAUGGAAGUUCAGUUGUCGAAGUUUACAGAAUCAUAGAGGAGGUGGAUUUUUCCUCUAAUUUUCCCUUAUUUCCGUUUCUCUGUUUUCCUAACCUUGUUUUUUUAAUUAUGAUGCACAUUUUUCUCUGGGCUUAUGUUAUUUUUUCUCAUGACAUUUAUUUUUCGUCCAUCAUGCUGAAGGAACAAAUGGAAACUGUUUCGAAUGGUUUUAUUAUUGGAAGAACGUUAACUUGGACUCUAUACACAUGCUAAGUUGAGUGUGUUGAUGAUGGUGUUGAAUUGUAUUAAGUAGAUGAAACCUUCAAACUUUGCAGCAACUGUCAUUCAUUUUCCAAAAAUGAGUUGCACUUCGUUGGAUUUUGUGUGUCAGUUUCCAUAACCUUAACAACAUUUGCUUUUCUCCGAAGACAAUCCAUAUCGCUAACUGAGUGACACUUAAAAGUUAACAAUUUUUUUGUUUCAAUUCUCUUUUCUGAUGCAGACAGUAGAUCAAUUCUUUGAUCUAAAAGUGCCAAUGAGAGUCGGAGAGUUGAAUAGCCUUCUCCGGGGUUUCGAUAAUACCUUCAAAGAAUACACACAGCACAUUGUUGGAAAGAUAGGUAUGUUUGUUCCUACACAAUCGCAGUGUCCUCAUUAUCUUUUGAGGAUUCCUCGUUCCCUUUUUUAAGCGUAUGAAAUCAACGCCCUACAAAGGUAAUAACGGACUGAAAAUUUUGGAAAAUUGUGGUGGUGAAAGAUUUUGCAGUGGAUUUUCUUUACCUCCAGGUCUCUGCGUGAAAAGAUAUUAAUGAAUAGGAAGAUGACGUCAUACUUGAUUGUGGCUUAUUUAUCAAUGCUAUGUUUUACACAUGCUACUGUGUAGAAAUUUCUCAGGAACACUGCUAAACAAAUGUGUUCAUCAAAAAAGGCGAAAGGCCAUGAAGUUUGUCUUUCUAAAAGCUUUAAGCACCAACAUUGAUUUGCUCCUGUCUCUCUUCGUUAGCUUAGUUCCUUUAAUAAAGGGAAAAAGUUUUUGUCGGAGGUUUGGGUCACCCAACUUAAAAUAAAUUGACAAUGGAUAGAGUAAGCCCAUCUACACUUUCUGUUGCUGAAUUAUUGUAACACACCGCUCACGUGCAAGCCAAGUUUUUCAAUUUUGCCACGUGGGCAAUAGAAGUAGAAUGACGCAGUAUAGGAGCAAUCAUCAGAUCCUGGCUCAUCUUACUCAAAGGUAAUAGGCAAUGAGUGGAGUAAACUCAUUUAAAUUACAUCAGUGUAAAACUUUGCCCACAUUUUUUAUGAGUUACAUCUUAGAAUGGAUUCUUAGUGAUCGAAAACCAUCACUUCCAGUAUCAAAAAGCGUUUCCUUAUCACUUUAAGAUCAGGAAUUGCAUGUCUUUUGGGAGUUGGCCAAACAAACGUGCCAAAAGCAUUCCGUAUCACAUAUCUGCCACCGUUUUCGUUUAGUCCAUGCAUUCUAUAUUACAGGCUGCCCGGUCAUCUUCUGACUUUUUGGUUUAAUGAAUUAGUUCGAUCCUAUGUAUCUAGCGAUGAUCUUUUUACAUUUGCUUGGUAGUUCCAUAGAAGGUUUUGGAUGUUUUCUAGGAUCAUAAGAAACCAACAUAAUGAGCACCAUCUGUGUCUCGUUUUCUUGGAUCCUGACACUGCUUGGUUUUUUACAUACACACCAGGAGCUAAUGAUUGUUAUCUAAAAACUUUUUCCAUGGAUCUCAUCAGAAAUAUUUCAUGAUUCUUGCAGUUUCUUUGUCGACCAUUCAGUCACUAGAUUAAUUACCGAGUAUAUAAAUCAGAUCCGUUUGGCCAUGAUUUUAGGAACUCUAUAACAUUUGUUGUUCAGUUUUUUAAACACUUAAUUCGCAGAAAACUUCGUAGCUCAUGAUGCUAGUAGCAAUAUGGCAAACCAAUGUUAAAUUUUUUUCCCCUGCAAUGAAGUUUAUGCUUUACUGCCAGAGGAAAAUAUUUCUUCUUCAUUCUUAGAAUCCCACAAUUGAUCAUCACUUUCUAAUGUCGAUUUGUGUUCUUUUCCUUUCAUUUUUUUCCAGCAUUGAAUGUUCAUUUUGUUGAAAGAAUGGAAAAGAAGAAAACUCAAGCAUAUUUCGUCAUUUUUUGUAUUUUCAAUACCUUUUCAUUAUAACCUGCAUUCGGUACAGCUAGCAAGGAAGAUUUGAUACCGCCUGUUCCUAUUCUCACUCGUUACAAAAAGGAAAUUGGAAUUAAAGCAUUGGUGAGGAAGGAAAUUCCAAACUACCAAUUACCUGAUGAGAGGAAGUCCAGUCAAAUUAAUAUUCUUUCCACUCCAGUACUCUGCGUUCAGCUGAAUACUUUGCAUGUGAGUUGUGAUCCAACAAUUUUUUUUUUCAAUGUACCUAUGAAUUAGAACUAUGACAGCGUGAGUAGAAUAAAAUAUUUUACUUUCUUUAUGUUUCUUCUAUUUUUCCUUCUUCUACACUUGGAGUGGAAAUGGGGAGUGUUUUCCGAAACUUUCAUGGUGUUAGAUUACACAGAAACUGGUUUAAUUGAAGUGUAGUUGCACAUUGUUCCUGCAUCAAUUAUAUUCUUUAUGAACUAUCUUGAUGAGUAUGCUUUAUGUAGUUUAGCCUAUGCUGUGUAUAAAUGAUAUGAAAUCGAUCGAAAAUUCGUUAUGAUUAGUCAGAGAGAAGGUAGUUUCCUAGCAUCUUCGUCACUAAUGCUAUCCUAUCAAUCUACGGUUAUAUAAUUCCCAAGUUUCGACUUGUUGGCCGCCUAUUAUCAGCUUUAUAUAUCCUGUUAAUGUUACUUAUUUGUGUGAUUCUACCAAAAGUUUCACAAGGCAAAUUGGUAGAUCUCCUUAUUGCUUAAUUGAAGUUCACGAAGUGGAAACUACCAAUAGUUCCCUCUAUAACUUGGAAACAGUAUAACCGAAUGGGGAAGAGGAAAGCUUCUUUAAUGCUGCUAUCAGCCCAAUAGAGGUUGGAAUCACGACUCCUAAUUGACAUUUCCCCCUCAUAAUUCGCUGGAGAUGGACUGCACCGUGAAAGUACGUGCAAUUUUUUGAUAUUUUUUGUGACAUGAGUUCUUGACAACUAUAUAUGCUGUAUAAAUACCUAUGAACAUUGGACUUGUUGCUUCUGGAGUCCAAUUCCUGACUGGAGUUGUCUAUUCCCCUUCUGAUUGGUGAUGUUCGGCAUUAGAACCCCAUUAUGCACAGUAGGUUUGGGCGAAAAAGAAAAAAAAACAAAGCCAAGAGUAGUGGAUGGAAAUAAACUCCUGACUGAACAGUAGAUGUGACUGGCAGAUGGUUGAAACUGGCCUUGAGCGGCUGGGGCGACAAUUCACAUGUGGGAUUUGAUGUGUUAUAUAGCCUGUUUUCAUGAUCAGAUGGUGCGCAUUGUGUACUCUGUAGCCUGCUCUCCCUCUUGUCAUGUGAGGGCAGUUGUUAUGCAACAAAUGCGAAUUUCUAUUUUGGCAGAUGUCAAAGGAAAUGUGUUUUAGAAUGACUAAUUUUCUAUUUUCAUGUUGUCCCAAAAUUGUGUGAACGAAUCCUGUGGUAUAGUGCCUAGUAAACUCGAAAAUUAAAACUUAAACAUAGUCUUGUGACCCUGACUUCAUGUGCUUCUUUUUCAUUUUAGUCAUUUAUUUUAUUUUAAUUGAUAUUUCUUAGAAUUUUUACCCUGUCUCCAUACAUGGACGAGAAAAUUUGUUCAUGUUGUAUUAAAUAUUAUGUUGGUAAUAUUGGGUGAACUUGGUCCGAGGCCUUUUAAAAGUUGUAUACCUGUUCAGUUUCUUUUACCCAUUUUUUCAGAAGUGGUGGGUCUACUCUUCACAAGAGGGAAUCUGUUUCAAAAGUUAUUUUUAAAAACCUCAUCUUUUAUCUGAUAGAGAACAUGUGUGAAGCAAAUAUGUUAUACGAGUUGGAAGGUGUUGUUGUACGAGGUGGACAGGGAUCCAAGCUGGCUGACAGUGCGCAUCUGUUUUCUUGGAUUAUAAAUUCUCUGCGCAAGCCUCUGGAGUUUUUUUUUUCUGGCUUUUGUUUUCCUCCGUUUUUCUUUUUUCACUUAUAUUUUUAAUGCCAGACAUAUAACCUUAUCUAUGCGACCAUUUUUAUCCUCAACAUAAUUAUUUAGCUUACUUGAAACGUGGAAUGAUGACUAUCUAUUCUAUGCCAAUUUUAAGUUUUUUUUUUCUUUGAACAGUAUACAGUUGCUCAGUUGAAUAAAUUGGAGGACAACAUUCAGGAGCGUUGGAUGAUUAAGAUUCACAGUGAGAGAUUUAAUAUCCAUUUGUGCUUCACUUCAAGUGUGUAUGCUUGAGGCCAUGUCGAAGAAUUGUAUCAAAUGCUAAGAUGAUUUUGCCAUUAUUUUUGUUCAAAACAAUCUAUACCCCCGGUCAGCUCCAAAGGAUUUCGACUUUCAAAUAAAUUUCGUGCAUGAUAAAUUUAUUUAAUCCGUCACCUGUUUAAAAUCAUCUCAAUACAGUUCAUAUGCUUCAUCAUGAUAACUGUCUCUAAAGUUAUCUCUGUUCGCAACAUCGUGGUCUGGCUCUAAUGCACUCAGAAGAUUUCUGGCGUCAUACAUGUCCAAUAACUUAAUCAUAUUCACGUGGAGGGUUUAUCAAAUUAGAUUUUUCACAUUGUAUAAGAUUCAUAGUUCAGAUGCAGUUUCCAAGGUGGAUAAGAUCGAAGCAGCGGUGGAGAUGUCUUCGGUGGAUGAUAUCUUCUUCUAACAUAGUAUAUAUGGUCAUUGUGAUGGCCAACUUUGCCUUAUGUGUGGAAAAAUAGUUGGCUCGUAGUUUGUUUAUUUCCUCAAAUCAAUAGGAUCUCAAUUAUUCUUAAUAGCCAGGAGAACUUUGGACUCCGAAAUAUCAUAUGCAGAGAAUCACUAAUCUCCACUUUUUUUUAGUUCAGCAUAUUGGAUGAUAGUAUGCUGUAAAAAAUUGGGAGAGUGAUUCUCAGACAUUGAUAUGAACCAAUUGUCUCGAUGAAAAGGAUAAGAAACUUAGCCAUACUCUAUUUAUUAAUUAUACGUAAUACUAUAGGAAUGAGAAAUAAUGUCUUCUAUUUAUGACCGCCGUAAAAUAAGAGCAUAGGAUUUGUGACGUAUAAAAACACUGCUGUUCAUAGUUUUUUGUUCAUUUCAAUGAUUUUAGUCCCUUUUAGUAGCCCCUAUUUAUGAUGUAACCAAAGUGUAAGGCUUUCUUUAACACUUCAUGAAGUUGUAUGAUAUGUGAAGUUUGUAGGGAAGACACUAUAUAUAGUUCCUAUGGAUUGAUAGGUCUACUGACAGCACCUGCUUAUGUAACAAUUUUUAACUUUAAUCAUUGCUAUAAAUUUUGAAAGCUACGAGAUUAUUGAAGACUUGGUCCAUUUCAUUUUCUCAUGGUUUUGAUGAACUGUUAAUAGGAUGUUCAUUUCUCGAUAGACAUUUCUCGACAACCAAUCCCAUUGUUUUAAUUCUAAAGGUUACACUUGGACUCAAAGGGACUUUCAUCGUUUUCUGAAGAAUAAAAAUUUCAUGCUUUGGUUCUCCAACACUAUUAUUUCAAUCGAAUGCAUUCCCCGUGUAGUCAAGAUUCAUUCACUUGUCCACGAUGAAUUUUCUAGAUCUUGCUCACAAUGAAGUUUAAGCACAUUCUCUGACUUCUUGUUUUUGUUUUUCCAAUAUAGAGCGGUCAAUUGCUGAGAAAUCAAAAGCCUCUUCCUCUCCCCAAAAAACGAGGGCGUUUGACGGGAGCAGAAAAGACAUUAAUGCAGCUAUUGACAGGAUUUGUGAAUUUAUGGGUAAGCAUAUUUCAUGGUAUUAAUCUGUUAGUUCUGAGAUACCUUUUUGGUGAUUUGAAACAUGCGAUUUUCUUGUUUCUUGGUAUAGGAACUAAGAUUGUUUUCUGGGAUAUGAGGGAGAUGUUUAUUGAAAAUCUAUACAGAAAUGGUGUUUCUCAUUCUAGAUUGGAUACGGUCAUUGAAGGCCUUGAUAAGGUAAGUUUUGGUUUCCCUAAUUUGAAAUGGCAUUGCGGUUUGCACUAUUCAUUCUCUCAAUACUGAACUAAUUUUCUGUUACACAGCCUUGGAUUUCUCUGAGUGACAAUAGGGUUUAGUUGGGUAGUCAACCGAAGCCCAUUAAAGUGAUUAUUUAUGGACUACAUUUAAUCCAAUGAUGGCAAACUUUUUUGUUUAAAUCUAGAGAAGAUAUCUGCGAAUUUUUUCCUUGUAUUAAUUAAGUAAAAUCCCUCUCCUUGAUUGUGCUAAUCAUUACAAUACUGACUAAUACAUCUGAUGAUCACAUCCUGUUUCACAAUGUAAUCCGAGUCGAUAUUGUUCAAAGAGGGGAACAGGUUGAACACCAAAUAGUGCAUAGGUUUAGAAGCAUCUAUGAUAGAACACCAUUAAUAUUGCAUUCAUAGAUAAAGUAAUUGCGAUGGAAACAUGGUACAGAGCUUUGAAUGUCACUAUAAAUGCAAUGAUAAUGACUAGAGUUUAAUUUGAUCCACACCACGUCAGUGUAGGACACGUACUGCAUAAAUUUUCGUUUCUAAAGCUCAUGGUUGUCAAACAUUUUUUUUACUUGAUGGUUGCGCAAUCUUAUCCAUGUGCAAAGAAAAAGCAAGGAUUUGGCACCCUUUUAUACGCUCCACAUCCACCACCUGCAGGGUGGUGCUAUGCUUCCUUACAAGACAGUUCUGAGCAGGAAAGGUUGUUGAAAAGAAUCUUUUUAGACUGUCAAUUUCACUGAUUUAACUGAGAAGAAACCUAAGAAGCUUUUUGUAGAUUUUGUGUAGAAAAACGAGUGAAGGCGAAUCACAGAACUUACAAUAAAUCUCGUAUAAAAUAAUAUUCCACUUUUAUCUGUUACUCCAGCUCAACAACUUUUUCUUUUUCACUGCUUAUGUCUGGUAGUGGUGAGUCCCUUACUUUGGCUUCAAAUUUGAUGUCUUCUCCUCCUGCUUCAGCUCUCGCACAUCCUCCUUUAAUUUUAACGCUGGAAGGUGUUUCUGUGGUGUUAAAACUAUCCUUUCUUGACUUGGCUGCAAAAUCAAUGCCUUUUGUUUCGUUUUUAAUUCUAGCCUCUGUUACUCUAACUUCAGCUCUGGUUUUAUCCAUUGUGGCUAGUUUUUUAUGUCGUCAAGUUUGGCGUCUCUUCCUGUAGCUUCAACUUUGACCUCUUCCCCAGCUUUAUCUCUAACUUCUCUCGUCAUGGUUUCAGCUCUAGCGUCUUCUGUUAUUAUAUGUUGUUUAUAUGGUCUAUCGUGUGAUAAUUGUUGUCUUUUGUAACGUGCUGAGGUAAAAUUGAUGUACCUGCUCUAGCUUGAAGGAGAGUGUUGGUGACUUAUUUUGAAUAUGUACCUAGAUAGGUUUUAUUUUUGGAAGGGGGGGCAGGGGGCAUAUAUAAUGGGUUUUACCAUUUUAUUUUAUGGGUACUAAAAUUUUGAAGGCCAGCUUGCUUCUGUUCGAGAUUUCUCCAAGUGUUCAAUAGUUGUGAAAGAUUGGUUGGCUGAUAGCUGGUCCAGCCAGUUCAGCUGUCCCAGACAACGAGGGAGUUGAGUAAUCUAAUUGGCAAAAUAUAUGGAAUACAGUAUGAGUUGGAAGAAUGUAUCCUAGGGAUGAGAAAAAAGAAGUGAUUUUUUCUUUUGUUUAGAUCUCAUACUCUUACUCAUUCAUUCAACAACGAGUAGGCACACAUGGUCUCACCAAUUAGUUGAUUUGUGAAAGGAAACAGUUGAGUGAAUCAGCUUGGAAUGGUAAGGACGAGUGUUGUAACAGAUGGACGAUGCACUGGGAUGGAUGGUGUAACAUAGAGGGAUGCAUAGGAAAAUUGCCUGAGCAGGCAUGAGUUCUUCCUGCCAGCUGUGAAGGGAAUCAAGUAAUCCAGUGAGUGCCUGAAAGAAAAAAAAUUUAGAUACCAAAUAUUAUGCCGCCAUUAUUUUCAAAUGCUAAAUGGAAAUCAAACAUUUCUUUUAAAUAAACUUAAAAUUUUGAAUUUUCUAACUAUCAGCCCUUUGAGUUUUUUGCGUCAAUCACUGGUUUCUGGGUUCACAUUUGCUUGUGCAUGUUGUUCCACACUUUUUUGUUCCCCAAUUGUUCCUUUCUUCCUCUGUAAAUAUCCUGGCACUAGUGUAAUUUAAUCUCAUAUGAAUUGGAUGGCCGUCCUUGGAGUUGCUACAGGAACUGAAUCAACUUUGUGAGAUAAUUGUGGAUCCACUGAGGGAUCGCUCUGUGACAGGCCUUCUUCAAGCAUCAGUGGUAUGUAUAUCGAUGACUGCUCUCUUACUUUGCUAAAAAUAUCGUGAACUUUUUUCUGCUAAAAAUCAACAUUCAUUUUCAGAAUGGGCUCGUUCGGGUGUUAUUGGAUGGGGGCACUUCACGUAUCUUUUUCCCCAGUGAUGCGAAAUUAUUAGAAGAAGAUCUUGAAACUCUAAAGGUGUGUGGGCGGAAGGGAAGACCUCAUAAGAACCUUGAAUAUGCACAAGAUGGCACAGUAUAAAUUUUCGUUGAAUUGCUCGCAGGAGGGGCCCCGAAAUGCCCCAUUUGCACAGUUUUAACGAAUUAAUUUGUUCGUGUUCUGCAGGAAUUUUUUGUGUCCGGUGGAGACGGGCUGCCUCGUGGGACAGUUGAAAACCUUGUAUCUCGUGUGCGUCCUAUAAUAUCUCUGAACAGCGUUGAGGUACCACGCCUAAUCUUUAAACCUUGCAGGUUUGCCUGAAUGCUUGUUCUCCACCAAAACGGUCUUUGGUCCGGUCCGGUCCGGCUGUUUUGGCAGCACGCCUUGAUGGUUGUUAGACUAGGCUUUUGUCUCUCGGAGUCCGCUUUGCUUUGCGUUCAUGGCAUAUGCUAUCUUUUAGCGCGCUAUUUAACUGCCGGUAAACACAGGGAAAACUAGGCGAGGAAAGAACGUCGUUUCUGUCCAAUGUCGGUGUACCAUUCUUUGACGCCCGUUAUUGAAAUUCGGCUGAUCUAUGGUUUUCUUUCUCUUCUGUUGUGUGUGUGUGUGUGUGUGUGUGUGUGUAUGUGUGCAGACUCGCGCGCUGAUUGAGGAGCUGAGGGGCAUGAGCCAAGGGAGCAGAAGCAGGGUCGGGGCUGACUCCGAAACUUUGAUAAGGAUUUUAUGCCACAGGAGCGAUUCAGAGGCCUCUCAGUUUCUCAAGAAGCAGUAUAAAAUCCCCAAGUCAGCGGCUUGA